AUGACACAAACACCAGACGAGGACAAGAUGGCCACUGUAGCUGUCUUCUGUCUUCUUCACUGGAGAAGUCAGGAUGGCUGCACAAAACAAAAAAAUUUAGACAAGCCAACAACAACAACAAAUGAAAAGACCUCCAGUCAGCCAGCGUACUUAGUAGUCCACGCAACUGGAGAAAAACCUUUAUCUAAGUGUUCUCCAUUUUUGAUCCAAACAUUAUUUGAAUCAACCAUCGGGCAUUUAAGGAAAAUACAGAAAUUGAGGUCAGGUGACCUUCUGGUGGAAACAGCUUCUCCUCAACAAACAACAAAGCUUCUGUCAAUGAAAACACUCGGAGAUAUGGGAGUUUCAAUCGCAUCACACAAAAGUUUAAACUCAUCACGUGGUGUGAUAUCUGAGACUGACCUAAUGUCUGAAGAUGAAGCAGAUAUUCAGAUCAGUCUUUCAGAUCAACGUGUCACUGCUGUUCGACGCAUCUCCAUUCGUCGAGAUGGCAAGUUAAUACCAACAAAACAUUUAAUUGUGACAUUUGACAAGCCAACAUUGCCAUCCUUCAUUAUUGCAGGAUAUCUGCGCUGCCCUGUUCGUCCUUACAUUCCAAAUCCGCUGCGUUGCUUCAAAUGCCAGCGGUUUGGACAUUCACAAACAUCCUGUCGAGGCAAAAGCGUAUGUGCACAGUGUGGGAUGGAAGACCACAACAGAACUGAAUGUAAAAGAACCCCAUGCUGUGUGAACUGUAAAGAUGCCCAUUCUUCCUACUCCCGAAAAUGUCCUGCGUGGCAGAGAGAAAAAGAGGUCCAACGGAUUAAAACUGUAAAUAACAUAUCAUACACAGAGGCCCGUCGCAUAGCCAUCCCAAGUGCAUCAACAAAACAAAAGACCUUUGCUGCUGCAUUGAAAUCUACUAAAACAUGUGGGGUACAAACAGAUAUUUCUGUCUCCCCAACAGAAUCUCUCACUCGCCACGCAAAAUGUUUGCUAAUCCAAUCAAAACAAACUGAAGAAAAGGAGAGCAUCAAGACAAAGACACCCAUACCUAAAACAGGGGUAGUAACCAGAAACGUGGGUUCUAAGAAAGCAAAUAAGAACCCACUUACCAAACAAAAAUUAAAAGCAGCCCUCUCUAAAGUCUCAAAAAAAUCAGAAGCUCAAUCUAUGAGCGAGUUUUCUGACAUAUCUGAUGAAGAGCCUUAUAUGGAGGUUUCAAAACCAAAGUCACCUCCAAAAGAGAAACCGCCUGUUAAAUUAAAGAGGGACACCCUCGCAAAGAAUGCUGCCUCAAACACAUAAUGGAUUAUAAAAUAAUCCAAUGGAACUGUCGUGGUUUCCGCAACAACUUCUCUGACAUUAAACACUUGACGUCAUCUACCUCAUCUCUCUGUGUGGCACUCCAGGAGACUCAUCUAAAACCUGGAGAAAAUAUUUCUUUAAAAGGAUUCAAUCUUUACCGCAAGGAUGAUGAUAGCCACAACCGUGCCAGUGGAGGUGUGGCUAUUGUAGUUUCAAAUCACAUCCCAUCCUUGCCGGUACAAAUCACCACUAAUUUGCAAGCCGUGGCAGCUAGAAUAUCUAUUGGAGUAACUGUCACAGUUUGUUCUAUAUACUUGCCACCAGAUGUCAGAGUGAAUGAGAAUGAAUUGGAUACUUUGGUUGAACAGCUACCAACACCAUUUCUUUUACUGGGUGACUUCAAUGGUCACAAUCCUAUGUGGGGCAGUCCUGACAUCAAUCGUCGAGGCAGAGCCAUCGAGAGAUUUAUAGGUAAUCACCAACUGUAUCUAUUUAAUACUGGAGAAGUGACAUACUUCCAUGCCCCAUCAAGAACGUUCACUGCCAUUGAUCUAUCAUUAGCAACUCCGAAUCUGUUUUCAGCAUUUACAUGGGAGGUUGGAUCUAAUCCACUCUCUAGUGACCACUUCCCAAUAUUUCUAAAAUAUCGAGGCAGAGAAAGCUGUGAAACAGCCCGUCCACCACGCUGGAAACUUGAAACGGCAGAUUGGCCUUCAUUUUCCACUUUGGCUAACAUCACUGAGGAAAUGGUCAAUACUGCUGAUAUCAAUGAUGCAGUUGAGGUUGUCACUUCGAGUAUCAUUCAGGCAGCAGAAAAAACAAUGGGGAAGACAUCAACUAGAUAUCCAAAACAUCCGAAACCAUGGUGGAACCAGAAUUGUGAGGCAGCAUUUAAAGCACAAAAGAAAGCAUGGGGGAUUUUUAGAAGAUACCCCACUGCUGAAAAUUUGGUUGCUUUU